AUGGGUGGUGGUAAUGGCCAGAAAGCCAAGAUGGCGCGUGAGAAGAAUUUGGAGAAAACGAAAGCUUCGAAAGGAAGCCAACUGGAUUCUAACAAGAAGGCCAUGAAUAUUCAGUGCAAGGUGUGUAUGCAGACAUUCAUGUGCACUACCACUGAGGUGAAGUGCAGGGAACAUGCUGAAGCAAAGCAUCCCAAGGCUGACGUGUAUACUUGUUUCCCUCAUCUAAAGAAGUGA